AUUCUUAGCAGAAACAAUAGUGAAACUGAGGAAGUUGUUUUGUAUAUGCCAGAUACGACGAAUCAAGAGAAUUUUUUAGAUAUUUCAGAAAAAACAGAAGAAACAAUAAAAUCAGCUAUGAAGCAUCUUGAUAUAUUUGGAGAACGCUUAGAAAAGGCGAAAAGGAUGCUUUCUAGAGGGGAUUUUAUACAAAUUACAAGCUCAGAUCAAAGUAUGGAGAUAACAAAGGAUGUAAAAUAUACAAGUCAAGUAGUAAAAGAUGUAUUAAAGUUAAGGGAUGAUAUACGAGAAAUGAAGAGGCAUUUUAAAUUUUUAAAGAAACCGUAUUCAAUGAAGUAUUUAAAACAAAAGUCGAAAAUAAUGAAAAAAAAAGAUAUAAGCAGUUCUUUAAAUAGUACGGAAAAAAAUCAUGGAAAAGAGAGGAACUUAAAUGAAGAAUUUGAGAUAUUUGAAAAACAAUUAAUGGCGCGGUUUCCUAGAUUAUACUCAGAAACACCUAAUUCGCAAAUAGAAGGAUCAAAUUCAGCUAAUUUAGAAAAAACAGACACCGAUUUUAAUAAUUCUACAUUAAGAACUGAGGAUAAUUCUAAAAUAAAUGAAGCAUUAUUUUUUGACGAUAAAAUAAUAGACAAUGGAAUUUCUUAUGAACUUAUACCGGAAUUUUAUCAAGAAUUAAAUUUUAACACAUCUUUUGAAAACGGCGAUAAACUUAUAUCAUUUUUUGAUGCAAAUAGUGAUAGUAAAAGUAUGGACAGGCACAUUUCUUAUAUAAGGCCAGAAUUUAUUGAAAAUUUUUUUGAAGCUAUAAAGAAAUUAAACAUCGAUUCUUUAUCAAAUAAGAAUUCAUACAACCUUGAUAAAAAUCAUAAUAGUAAAUUUAAAACUAAGACAGCAUUAAAAACUUUGGGAAAUGAUUAAAAACUAAAUUAUUAAAUUAUUCUAUUAUUUUUUUU